AGAGUCGAGUUGGAGAACUAUACAGUCUUUUCUUUUCAAGCCUGAACAAAAAAGAAAUCAAGAGCCAACAUGGUUGAGUGGACUGAGCAGGAGCGCAGCAUCAUCAAUGGCAUCUUUGCCAACCUGGACUACGACGACGUCGGCGCCAAGGCUCUGUGCAGAUGUCUGAUCGUCUACCCCUGGACUCAGAGGUACUUCGGUGCCUUCGGCAACCUGUACAAUGCCGAGGCCAUCAAGACCAACCCGAACAUCGCAGCCCACGGAGUGAAGAUCCUGCACGGUCUGGACAGGGCUGUGAAGAACAUGGACAACAUCAAGGCCACCUAUGCCGAGCUGAGCGUCCUGCACUCUGAGAAGCUGCACGUCGACCCCGACAACUUCAAGCUCCUGUCUGACUGCCUGACCAUCGUCAUUGCUGCAAGGUUGGGCAACUCCUUCACUCCUGAGACUCAGGCCGCCUGGCAGAAGUUCCUGGCCGUGGUGGUGUCCGCUCUGGGAAGGCAGUACCACUAGAUCCUUCGCACUUGGCUACUAGAAGGAGCUCUAACGUUCGUUUAAAUCUGUUAUGUGUCUCCUGAAUAAAGAAAAUUAAUAAAGGCCCACUGAAGCAAAAUUAA